AUGACAGGUCGCUACUCUCUCCGACAGACGCCCAAGAAGAAGGAGCACUUUGAUGGCAUGGUAGAGACACCCACAGCAACACGACGAUCUACGCGCCGACAGUCAUCUGUACCUCGCGGUCAGUCAGAAGAGGCCGAGAACAGCGCUGCACAAGAGAAACCUGCGCGGAACACACGUCGACGAACCGCCAAGUUCACCGAGAACAUGGAUUCAGACAACGAGGCCACCACCGUCAAGCCUACGGCUGCCGCCGCUCGCACCAAUGGCAACUCGAAUGGCCACGCCAAUGGCAAAACCAAUGGUCACGCCUAUGGCAACGGUGCCUCGUCCACCCAGUCGACCACCACCACCAAGGGUGUCCCAACCGACGUGCACAUUGUGGACGGCUGGAGACCCGGCCAGGACCCCAAGGUCGACUACUCUGGCGAGUUCGAAUUCGGUGGCUCGCUCGGUACACUGGCCAUGAUGAUCUUCUUCCCCAUCCUCAUGUGGUACAUGUGGGUGGGUGCCACGUACUACGACGGCAAAUUCCCUUCUCGCUCAGAGGGCCAGACUUGGCUCGAGUUCGGCGCUGAGCUUGUCGCACUCUGCUAUGAGGGGGCCUUUCCGCACGCCAAGGCCUGGAUCUGGUACUGGAGCUACCUCGUCUUCGAGGGAGCCUGCUACUGCCUCCUCCCUGGCGUGACUGGCUACGGAAAGCCGCUGCCCCACGAGGGCGGCAAGCAGCUGCCUUACUUCUGCAACGCCUACAUCAGCCUGUACACCACCUUGGUCAUUCUUGCCACUCUGCAUUUCUCCGGCGCAUGGCCUCUGUACAACGCUAUUGACCACUUUGGCCCUCUCCUGUCGGUUGCUAUCAUCAGCGGCUUCAUUGUCAGCUUUGUCGCCUACUUCUCCGCCCUAUGGCGUGGCAAGCAGCACCGCAUGACCGGCUACCCUAUCUAUGACUUCUUCAUGGGCGCCGAGCUGAACCCUCGCAUGUUCGGCAUCCUCGACUUCAAGAUGUUCUUCGAGGUUCGCAUGCCCUGGUACAUCCUCCUCAUCCUCUCCCUCGGCGCCGCUGCUCGCCAGUACGAUCAGUACGGCUACGUCUCUGGCGAAGUCUGGUUUGUUGUCAUGGCACACUUCUUGUACGCCAACGCCUGCGCCAAAGGCGAGGAACUCAUCAUCACCACCUGGGAUAUGUACUACGAGAAGUGGGGAUUCAUGCUCAUCUUCUGGAACCUGGCUGGUGUUCCUCUUUCCUACUGCCACUGCACAAUCUACCUUGCCAACCACGAUCCCGCCGAGUAUCGCUGGAACCGCUAUGCACUGGUUGCCUUCUAUGCUGCCUACCUCUUCUGGUACUGGGUCUGGGACUCGUGCAACAGCCAGAAGAACCGCUUCCGUGCCAUGGAGCGUGGCAAGGUCGUCUGGCGCAGGACCUUCCCUCAGGUUCCCUGGCAGACGGUCAAGAACCCAAAGACCAUCCAGACGCCCCAGGGUACCAUCCUUGUGGAUGGCUGGUAUGGUCUUGCGCGCAAGAUCCACUACACCGCCGACAUCUGGUUCUCCAUGUCCUGGGGUCUUAUUACGGGGUUCAACAGCCCCUUCCCAUGGUUCUACCCCGUCUUCUUCUGCUGCAUGAUUGCUCACCGCGCCGCGCGUGACAUUCAUCGUUGCAGGACCAAGUAUGGUGAUGCCUGGUUGGAAUACGAGAGGCGGGUGCCCUACCUGUUCAUCCCUUACGUGAUUUAA